AUGUCGAUAAAAGUUAAAAGUAUUUCUAGUAACACUAUUAAAAGCGAAAGCAAAGAGAUUAAUAUGUGUUCUACAAUUCUAGAAGAGAAAUCUAAUACAAAUUUAGAGAGCUGUGCUGAAGAUAAAGAAGAGCAUCUUUUCUUUCAUAAUUCCAUGCAUAUACUUCUAUUUUGUUCCCGGCUUUUAUUCUCUAUUGUCUUUAAUUUUUUAGCUGGAAUUGUAUUUGUUAGUGCGGACUUUUUCGAUGAAAACCAUAUACAUUCAAGAACUCUACUACUCUUUGUUUUUGGGUGGGUGUUUACAAUGAUUUAUUUACUUCUUACUAUUGCAAUAUUCCCUAUAACUAAUAUUUAUGUACAUUUUAGUGACAAAAAAACAAAAAGAGAUCUAAUAAUCUCUGCAUCUUGGCUUAGCUUAGUUUUAAUUGUAACACUAGGAAUGGGUAUAUGGAAAGGACUGUUAAACAAAUCUGAUACAUCUAAGUGUUUUGAUCCUCGUUCAUAUAUAUCAUUACUGACCUUCCUAUACUAUGCUGGAAUUUCUUCAAUAGUAAUAGGAUUACUACGUAGCUUAUCAUAUUCAGCAAAAUUAAAAGAUCCUUACGGUGAAUAUAAGGGGAAUAUUCUUCGUGUUAAACGCGCAUCAAAAAUUAUCUUAGCCGCAAUUCUGCCCCUCGGCUGUGGGUAUUAUGUAUUUUUCGUCCAAUUAUAUACUCAUCUUCCUGAGACUCUUUGCGGAUUGAAGAAUCUAAGCGAAAGUUAG